AAGGACACGGGCAAUCGCAUGCGAGCCAAGGAGCCGGGGGGGUGGUGGACGGGGUAUGUGCUGCUGGUGAACACCCACCGCUGGCUGAACCAAUCCGUUACCAACCGAUCCUUCUGGUGGCACCACCUCACUCUCAUUGCGCCAGACAACAUGGCGAGCGCCAGCAAGGGGUUGGUGCUGUUCUUCGUUGGGGCGGGGUGGAACGACCACGGCAGGGACGACCGCAGCUACCACAUCCCCAAAGACACUGAUGUCUUCAUCCGCGUUGCUGCCCCGCUGGUGGUGGAUCUGGGCAUGCUGGGCGUCAUGCUGCACCAGCAGCCCAUGAUGCCCAUCACCUUCCACGUCUCCCCGCCUGGCGUCACCCGCAGCAUGAGCCAAGAGCUGCUAGAGGAGGAGAUCACAGCCUUCACACUGGGCAUGGCACUGCACGACCCCAGCACGCCCGAGUGGCCCAUCUACAUGCCCAUGGCCAAGUCCCUCGUCCGCGCCCUCGAUGCCACGCAGCUCGCUGCCAGGGAGCUGCUGCCUCAUGUGCCGGUGGAGGGCUUUGUGAGUGUGGGAGUGAGCAAGCGCGCGUGCAUGGCCUGGCUGUCUGCCGCCCUUGAUAAGCGAGUGGUGGCGUUCAUAUCGUACGGCUACGAUCUCAUCAACUUCCAGCCCAACAUGCAGCACCUGCUGGACUCGCUGGGUGCCGUGCCCAUCCUGGGGCGCUUCUAUGUGGACUACAACCUCACCCGCUUCCUGCACUCGCCCCAGCUGACCCACAUCUUGAGCUACAUGGACCCGUACUUCUUCCGCGAGCGCCUGAGCAUGCCCAAGCUGCUCAUUGCCGCCUCCAACGACGAGUUCUUCUCCAUGGAUGACUCGUACUUCUACUACAACGGUCUGCCACGCCCGACGCUGCUCAAGAUCGUCGCCAACCUGGACCACAUGGUCAUUCAGAAGUCCUACUGGUGCUUCCAUACGCUUCUUCUCCUCACUCCUAUUGCCCCCUUGACUUCCUUGCACCCGUCCGCCUCCCGUAUUCUCCUAUCUCCGACCAUCCAACCUGUCAGGCCUAUGAUGCGGCCAUCUCCUUCCUCGCCUCUCUCCCUUGUCACCCACCCCCCCCACCCCCACCCUCCCCUUCCCCCCCUCUUCCUUAUUCUUCUGCUGUCUCUGACCACCCAACCUUUCAGGCGUAUGAUUCGGCCAUCUCCUUCCCAGUCUCACCCCUAUUUCCCUCUUGCCUUUCUGGCACUCCUCUGCCUCCCAUAUUCUCCUCUCUUCCACCACCCUUUCUUCCACCACCCUUUCUUCCACCACCCUUUCUUCCACCACCCUUUCUUCCACCACCGUUUCUUCUACCACCCAACCUUUCAGGCCUACGAUGCGUCCAUCUCCUUCCUCGCCUCUCUCCUGCACGUCAACUCCUCCUGCGCAUCUCUCCCCGCCUCCUCCCGCCCCUCCCUCACCUGGACUCGCCCCACCAACCCCACCCCCUCCUCCCUCGUUCCCCACACCACCUCCACCUCGUCAGACUCCCCUUCCUCUCACACCCCUCACACCCCUCACAGCCCUCACACCCCUCAGCUGUCUAGUCUCCCAGACGCAGAGGCAGCAGCAGUGGGGGCGGCAGUGGGGGCAGCAGUGGCAGCGGCACAGAAUCCCCCCUGGGAGUGUGUGCCUGAGCUGCCAGCUGUUGAUUGGCCGCAGCUGAGGUGGCGCUUUGAUUGGCCCACGUUCACCAUUCAUGCCACGUCAGACAGGAAGCCAUUGGCCGUUAGAGCGUGGACUGGUCGCACGAUUCAAGGCAGCAAGCGGCGGGACUUCCGGUUCAUUGUGAAGCAGGGGCUCACCGGGUGCACGGUGCCAUUCAAGAGUGCGUCGGACAGCUACAUAGGCAAGUUCGGCACGCUCUGUCUGCAGCCCAUCCCGUUCGUCCUGCAUGCCGUCUCGCCGCCCGCGCUACAGCCUGAUGGGCUCUGGUACUUCAAUUCCUCCAUCAGAGACAUUCCCAAGACUCCUUCGCGCGCAUGCUCAACCACAACAGCCCCGUCACGCCUCUCUCUCCGACUUGCCUACGCAUAUCCCUGCAACCCCCUCUCACCGUUCCUCACCUCCCCGUCCCACUGUUCGUUCAUGCGCACCAUACGCCUUCGCGCGCAUGCCUCAACAGCCCCGUUUCUUGCCUCUCCUCCUUGCCUACGCUUAUCCCUGCAACCCCCUCUCACCGUUCCUCACCCCUCUCCAUCCCACUACACCAUCGUGCGGAUGCUCAACCUCAACAGCCCCGUUACAGUCACGGUGGGUGGCGGGCUGUCGUCAGACGGCGACGUGUACAAGGUGUUGCUGCUCGAUAAAUACUCGAGAGACCUCAUCUCGCCGCUCCUCAAGGUGAGACCUCAUCUCGCCGCUCCUCAAGGUAUCCGACCUUCGCAGGCACGUUAUUACUCUCCAUCUCAUGGUGAACCCCACCAGCCCAUCCCAGACGUGCCCACGCCAUCCUCCCUUGCUCCCUCUCUCGCCCCCCACUCCCCCUUCCUCCCCUCCCCGCAGGUGUCCGACCUGCGCAGGCACGGCAUAACGCUGCACCUGAUGGUGGACGCGGAGCGCCAGCCCAUCCCGGACGUGCCGGCCGUGUACUUCCUGCAGCCCACGGCGGGCAACAUGCAGCGCCUCGUGCUGGACGCCACGCGCGCCACGUACGACAAGAUGCAUCUCAACUUCACCUCCUCCGUGCCUCGCCUGCUCCUAGAAGACCUCGCAGCCGGGACCCUCAAGGCCAACGCGCUGCACCGCGUGGCACGGGUGUUCGACCAGUACUUGGAGUUUGUGUGUCUUGACCACGGGUUGUUUUCGCUCGGGCAGCCCGAGAGCUACGUGCGGCUGAACGACCCAAUGGCGAAGGACAAGGACGUGGAGGGGGCAGUGGAGAGUAUCGUGAACGGGCUGUUUUGCGUGCUGGUGACGCUGGGAGUGGUGCCGGUGAUCCGCUGUCCGGAGAGGGGGCCAGCGGAGAUGGUAGCAAGGCAGCUGGAUGCAAAGCUCAGGGCGCACCUCGCCACGCACAACAACCUCUUCAAGGAAGCAGCGGCUGGCGCGCUGGCAGCAGGGGCGGCGGCUGUGGCAUCUGGGGGAGGGGGCGCGGGAGCAGGGGCAGGGGGAGGGGGUGCGCUGGGGCUGUUUCAGCGGCCGCUGCUGUUCAUAGCGGAUCGGAAUUUCGAGCUGGCGGUGGGGGUGCAGCAUGAGUGGACGUACCGACCUCUGGUGCAUGAUGUGCUGGGGAUGAGGCUCAAUAGAGUGAGCAUUCACAAGGGAGGGGCGGCAGGGGGAGCGGGGGCAGGGAGCGGGCCGCUGUCGCCGGUGCUGAAGGGAGCUGGGGCGGGUGGUGGAGCCAAGGCGACCAGUUAUGAGCUCGAUGAUUCGGACAGUUUCUGGGUGGCGCAUUCGGAGUCCCCGUUUCCCAAGGCGGCUGAGGCGGUGGACAUGCUGUUGAAGAAGUGGGCGCAGGACAAGGAGCAGGUGAACGCGGCCUCGCCCACAGGCGACGCGUUCUCAGAAGCCGAAGACGAGGACGUGAUGGGGCGCACGAAGCAGCUGUCGGCCGCCAUGAGCGCCGUGCCGCAGCUGAUGGAGCGCAAGCGAGUCAUCGACAAGCACGUCACCAUCGGCGGGACCCUUCUCGAGGAGAUCAAAUCGCGCGCGCUCGACGCGUACUUUUCCAUGGAGGAGGAUUUGCUCACGCGCGGCAGCACGGACCGGGCGGCGAUGCUCGAUUUACUCAGGAAGAAGGGGUCCAAGGAGGAUAAGCUACGGCUUGCGAUAAUCUACCUGAUGGCGACGGACAAUGCGAGUGCGGGGGAUGUGGAGGCGGUGGAAGCGGCGCUGAGGGAGCAGCAAGUGGACCUGGCCGCUCUGCAUUACAUCAAGCAGGUGAAGCGGGUCAACUCGAGCUUUGCUGCCGUGGCUGCCGCGGGGAGUGGGGCCGGAGGAGUGGGCGGCGUGGGCGGCAGCAAGGAUGAUCUGCUGGAUUGGGCCGGGCGGCUUGCUGGGCAGGGUUUGUCCCGUGUGACUGCUGGUGUGAAGAAUCUUUUGGCUGGGGGCAGGCAGCUGCAGCUGACCCGGGCAGUUGAAGCUCUCAUGGAGGGCCGGCCUGGGCAGGAUACAGAUUCGUUUCUCUGCCUCGACCCCAAGGCCCCCAAGGGGGGAAACAGCAGCACAGCAGCAGGGGGCAGCAGGGGGCCAGUCCGGGACGCAAUUGUCUUUGUGAUUGGAGGGGGAAACUAUAUGGAGUAUGGGGGUCUGCAAGAGAUGGCAAGGAAGGCAGGAGCAGGGGGCGGGGCGGCAGGAGUGCGCACGGUGGUGUAUGGGACGACUGAGAUGCUGGCGGGGAGUCAGUUUGUGGAGCAGCUGUCGGAGCUGGGAAGGAAGAUGGGGUACAAGGCCCCUCCUCCCCCUGUGGAGUCUGCGGGGGGCGCAGCGGGUGGGGCGGGGGGUGCUGGAGGCCAUAGGUAG